GUGAGCCAAUGAGCAAGUGCCGUGUGCGCAUGCUCCAGGCCCCGGCUCCCUGAGCCCCUCCCCUUCUGGCCGGUCGGCGCGUGGAGAGACGGUGUCCGUUUGAGUUUGAAUUUAACAGUUCACUCUUCAAACACGACUCGGUGUUGCAUCAGAACAUGCCUCCAAAAAGGGCAGACGGUGAACCGAAGUUACCACCCAUCAUUGGACGAUUUGGUACUUCGUUGAAAAUUGGCAUUGUUGGAUUGCCAAAUGUCGGGAAAUCUACAUUCUUUAAUGUUCUAACAAAGAGCCAGGCAGCUGCAGAAAACUUUCCCUUCUGUACUAUUGAUCCCAAUGAAAGCAGAGUGCCUGUUCCAGAUGAGCGGUUUGAUUUCCUCUGCAAUUACCAUAAGCCUCCCAGUAAAAUACCAGCAUUUCUGAAUGUGGUUGACAUAGCAGGACUUGUGAAGGGUGCUCACGCUGGUCAAGGGCUUGGAAAUGCCUUCCUAUCUCACAUCAGUGCCUGUGAUGCAAUCUUCCAUCUUACAAGAGCUUUUGAGGAUGAUGGCAUUGUUCACAUUGAAGGGUGUGUGGAUCCUGUUCGGGAUAUUGAAAUCAUUCACGAAGAACUGAGACUAAAGGAUGAAGAGCUAAUUAUGCCCAUUAUUGACAAACUGGAGAAAGUGGCAGUGAGAGGAGGUGACAAAAAACUAAAACCAGAAUAUGACAUAAUGUGCAAAGUCAAGAACUGGGUUAUUGAUGAAAAGAAACAUGUGCGCUUCUAUCACGAUUGGAAUGACAAGGAGAUUGAUGUAUUGAAUAAACAUUUGCUAUUGACUUCAAAACCAAUGAUUUAUUUGGUUAACUUGUCUGAGAAAGACUACAUUAGAAGGAAGAAUAAAUGGUUGAUAAAAAUUAAAGAGUGGGUAGACAAGCAUGACCCGAGAGCACUGGUCAUACCUUUCAGUGGAGCAAUGGAGCUCAAGUUACAGGAGAUGAAUGAAGAAGAAAAAACAAAAUACCUGGAAGAAAACAAAACACAAAGUGCUUUGGCCAAGAUCAUCAAGACUGGAUUCUCAUCUCUUCAGCUCGAAUAUUUUUUUACUGCAGGCCCAGAUGAAGUGCGAGCAUGGACCAUAAAGAAAGGGACGAAGGCACCUCAGGCUGCUGGCAAGAUCCACACAGAUUUCGAGAAGGGCUUCAUUAUGGCCGAAGUAAUGAAAUUUGAAGAUUUUAAAGCAGAAGGCAGUGAAACUGCUGUCAAGAGUGCUGGAAAAUAUAGACAACAAGGCAGAAAUUACAUUGUUGAAGAUGGAGACAUUAUCUUUUUCAAAUUCAAUACACCACAGCAAUCAAAAAAGAAGUGAAUUUAAAAUACAACCUCCUCCUUAUCAUGAGCAGUAGAAUAUAAUAGACAAGACAUUGCACAUAUUCAAACUUGCAAAUAAAAGGACUUACAAUAUGGUUUCAGACUAAUUAAGUGGUUAGGGACAGAUUGGCAUAUGGCAACAGUUACAAUAAAUUGGAACUUUGACAGGAUUCUGCUUAUAUUGAUCUUACAUGUGGAUUUAACUUUGUUCUAAAACAACUGAACUAUUAUUGAAUUUACUUAUUUUUAAAUAUAUAUUUGGCUGUAAAUCAUGAUUCCAACCUGUCUGGGGACAGACUUAUUCCUUUAAUUGUAUUCCUCGUUUGUUCUGGAAUGAGAUAAUGUUAUUCCAAUGAAAAUGUAGGUUCACUAAAUGUCGACAGCUUUAAUUUAAGAUUAAAGCUGUACUCUAAAUUGGAGCAUUUCAAGAACCAUAUUACUCUCAUGAUACUUCAUUAAUCUCCAUCACUAGAUGCCAAAUCUGACACACUUGACAGAAAAGACAAUGGCACUUGCUCCUUUCUGAAUCUACAGAUAAUGCAUGUUUUACAGUACUCCAGAUGUUUACAGUCAAUAAAACAUUUGACAAAAACA